UCCACUCCGAGGACAGCAUAGGCAGUGAAAGGAAAGCAGGGCGAGCAGUGCUCAGUGUGUGGACUUACAGGACUGCAGGAAAAGGAGGAAUGACACAGAGACAAGGGGGUUGCAUCUUAAGGGUGUCUGGUGCAGCAGCUCUUCUGGUCCCCAGCUGGGAGGAAAAAGAGAGAAGAUCAUCUCAAGUGUCAUAAAAGCUUCGGUCACUCGCUGAUAGGCAUUGCCCACAAUCACGCCUUCAAUAUCUGAAUGCAUAAGGACCUAACCAGAGGGAGAGAAGAAAAGGAAACAAGGUCUCUUCCCAUCACACAGAUCAUGAUUGUUAGAUAGCACCCCACAUCACGAUGACCAUGGCUCCCCGAAAAAGGAAUCGUCAUGCCUUGGGGUUCCUUUGCUGCUUUGGGGGCAGCGACUUGCCUGAGAUCAACCUCAAGGACAACAACCCCCUGCAAUUCUUGGAGUUCUCUGUGCCAAUCCCACCAGCGGAGGAGCUCAAUGCAAGGUUCUCUGAGCUUGUGGAUGAAUUGGAUCUCACCGAUAAGAACAGAGAGGCAAUGUUUGCACUCCCACCAGAGAAGAAAUGGCAGAUUUACUGCAGCAAGAAGAAGGAGCAAGAAGACCCUAAUAAGCUUGCUACAAGUUGGCCGGACUAUUACAUUGACCGCAUCAACUCCAUGGCUGCAAUGCAGACCUUGUAUGCAUUUGAUGAAGAAGAAACGGAAAUGAGGAAUAAAAUAGUUGAAGACUUGAAGACAGCUCUGAGGACUCAGCCCAUGAGGUUUGUGACAAGAUUCAUUGAGUUGGAUGGCCUGACCUGCUUGCUGAACUUCCUGAAGAGCAUGGACUAUGAGACGUCCGAGAGCCGCAUACACACAUCCGUUAUAGGGUGUAUCAAGGCUCUGAUGAACAACUCCCAGGGACGGGCACACGUCCUGGCCCAUCCAGAAAGCAUCAAUAUCAUCUCUCAGAGUUUGCGGACUGAGAACAUAAAAACCAAGAUUGCUGUGCUGGAGAUCCUCGGGGCGGUUUGCUUAGUGCCUGGAGGUCACAAGAAGGUUCUGCAGGCCAUGCUUCACUACCAGGUUUAUGCAGCAGAGAGGACAAGAUUCCAGUCAUUACUCAAUGAGCUCGACCGGAGCCUGGGGCGAUACCGAGAUGAAGUGAAUCUCAAAACUGCCAUCAUGUCCUUUAUUAAUGCUGUUUUGAAUGCAGGUACUGGUGAGGACAAUUUGGAAUUUCGAUUGCACCUACGAUAUGAGUUUUUGAUGCUGGGCAUUCAACCUGUUAUUGACAAGCUCAGAGGACAUGAAAAUGCAACGCUGGAUAGGCACUUGGAUUUCUUUGAGAUGGUAAGAAAUGAAGAUGACUUGGAACUUGCAAAGAGGUUUGAAGUGGCACAUAUUGACACAAAGAGCGCCUCACAGAUGUUUGAGAUGAUCAAGAAGAGGUUGAAGCACACAGAUGCUUAUCCAUAUUUACUAUCUGUACUUCAGCACUGCUUGCAGAUGCCUUAUAAACGAAAUGGGGGGACAUUUCAACAAUGGCAGCUGUUAGACAGGAUACUGCAGCAAAUUGUUCUUCAGGAUGAGCGGGGGGAUGAUCCUGAUAUAGCUCCUUUGGAGAACUUCAAUGUCAAGAACAUCAUUAAAAUGUUGGUAAAUGAGAAUGAAGUGAAACAGUGGAGAGAUCAGGCAGAGAAAUUCCGAAAAGAGCAUGCUGAGCUGAUGAGUAGGCUAGAGAAGAAAGAAAGGGAAUGUGAGAUAAAGACCCAGGAGAAAGAUGAAAUGAUGAAGACACUGAAUAAAAUGAAGGACAAACUGCAAAAGGAAUCUCUGGAGCUACGUCAAACCCGGGACCAAAUGACCGACCUUGUAACUCAACUCAAUGAGUUCUCGCAAGGGGGCAGCAUUUCCUUCCCUCCCCCUCCUCAGCUACCUCCUGGUGGCCCAUUUGCCUCUUCUCUACAAGCUCCGGAGGUUUUGCCGCCGCCUCCACCACCACUUCCGUUCUCCAGCUGCCCCCCUCCGCCCGCUCCACCUCCUCCCCCAGGAGGACCUCCUCCACCUCCUGGAGCACCGCCUUUCUUCAACAUAGGCAUGCCUCCUCUUUCCUCCACCACCACCUUCAGUGGCACUGGGCCCAGUCUGAAGAAGAAAUCAACCCCACAGCCGUCUCAUCCACUGAAGUCCUUCAACUGGGCCAAGCUGAGUGAGGAGAAGAUACAUGGCACAAUCUGGCAUGAAAUUGAUGACUUAAGGGCUUUCAAGAUGCUGGAUUUGGAGGAUUUUGAAAAAAUGUUCUCAGCUUAUCAGAGACACCAGGACCUGCUAACUAACCCUCCUUCUUCCUGUAAGCAGAAGGAAAUGGGAUCAACCGAAGAUUUGUACCUGUCCACCCGAAAGGUCAAAGAGCUUUCUGUGAUUGAUGGCCGGAGAGCACAGAACUGUGUCAUCCUCCUUUCCAAGUUGAAGCUAUCCAAUGAGGAAAUCCGACAAGCAAUCUUGAAAAUGGAUGAAGAAGAAGAUCUUGCUAAAGAUAUGCUGGAACAGCUACUGAAGUUUGUCCCAGAGAAGAGUGAUAUUGAUCUGCUGGAGGAACACAAGCAUGAAAUUGACCGCAUGGCUCGGGCAGACCGUUUUCUUUAUGAAAUGAGCAGGAUUGACCACUACCAGCAGCGGCUUCAAGCAUUAUUCUUUAAGAAGAAGUUCCCAGAGAGGCUUGCAGAAGCGAAACCCAAAGUAGAAGCUCUUCUCCUGGCCUCCAAGGAGCUCACACGUAGUAAGCGGCUGAAGCAGCUCCUGGAAGUCGUUUUAGCCUUUGGCAACUACAUGAACAAGGGCCAAAGAGGAAACGCCUAUGGCUUUAAGGUCUCCAGCCUCAAUAAAAUAGCAGACACCAAAUCUAGCAUAGAUAAGAACAUUACGCUGUUACACUACCUGAUUAUGAUCUUCGAAAAGAACUACCUAGAUAUUCUAGACAUGCAGUCUGAACUACAGCAUCUUCCAGAAGCAGCAAAAGUCAACCUGGUGGAGCUGGAGAAGGAAGUGAACAACAUAAAGACUGGAUUGAAAGCUGUUGAAGCUGAGCUGGACUACCAGAAGAGACGUAUGCGGGAAGCUGGCGAUAGAUUUGUCCCUGUCAUGGGCGACUUCAUCACUGUGGCCAGUUUUAGCUUUUCAGAGCUGGAAGACCUUCUGAACGAUGCAAAGGAUAAGUAUGCCAAGGCGCUGAAGCACUUUGGAGAGCAUGAGGGUAGGAUGCAGCCAGAUGAGUUUUUUGGCAUCUUUGACACCUUCCUGCAGUCCUUCACAGAAGCCAAACAAGAUCUGGAGAAUAUGAGGAAGAAGAAAGAGGAGGAGGAGCGGAGGGCACGCAUGGAAGCCAUGCUAAAAGAACAGAGAGAGAAGGAGCGGCGGCAGAAGAAAGCAAAGGCUGGCAGCGUCUCUGAGGAGGGAGGGGGAGAGUUUGAUGAUCUUGUGUCUGCUCUGAGGUCUGGCGAGGUCUUUGACAAGGACUUAUCAAAGCUCAAGCGCAACCGCAAGCGUUCAGGGAACCAAAACUUGGAGACGAGCCGGGAACGGGCAGUGACAAAGCUCAAUUAUUAAAGGAGGAGGAAGCACAAAGGAAAGGAAAGGACAAAACCAAGACUUAUUGCCACAACAAAGAGUCAAACAAGAUGGCGGAGGCUGGCCAAUAUCCUUCCCCGGGAGACUUGUCUAUCUGGUGGCUUUGUUUACUGUUUCCAGGAUGAACGGGCCUUCCCAUCUUGCUCUCUUCCAUAGCCAUAUAAUCUGGAAUGGUUAUAAAAGUGCCUCUCUACAGCCCAAAGGGUUUGUCACCAAGACGAUGCUGUUUGGUAGACGAGUUUGCUUCUUGACAUUUCCCCUCCCAAGUUCAGCCAGGUCCCCGUGGCGGAACACAAACCAUUGGGCCUUCUGUGCCGAUUAGUUAUGGGGAGAGAGAGACUAUGGUUUACUCUGUGCCAAAGUGUACACUUAAAAAAAAAAGUUGUUCAUCUAUCUGAGAAAAUUAACAAGACAUUUUCAGGUUGGUUUGCUGAACCCUCCUGCCCAUCCUUCAGGCAUCUGUUGUGGAGUGGUUCUACAGCGCUGCAGCUCUGCUCUUCCCCUGGAUUUACAAUAGGCCAUUGGUCGAAGCCUGAAUGAUGUUUUUCGAUCUGGAGAAAUGUUACUUAGUGGCCUAUAUCAUAUAAAGCAAAGCAAGUGAUGCUGCGUCAGCGGAAGUAGAUGGGACCGCUCAGCCGAAGAAGACAGGCAGACUGUUUGCGACACUCCUUGGUUUUUUUCAGGAAUCAUGGAUAUUGAGUCUUCAAGGAUGUGCCCAGCCAUGAGAAAGAAUGAGGGAAGGAUGAACCACACUCGGAAGAGCGACCACAAUGGGUUUCGAGCCAGUUCAGUUGUCAUUGCUGAGCAAUGUGGUAGGGAAAGGGUGGCAAAUAAGAAUGUCCACAGGUGUAAAUCUACAUCAUUUUGUUAGCACAAUAAAGAUGGUUAUUGGGACUGGCAGAGGUAGGGUAUUUUUUUUCUUUUUUAAACCCAGACAAAUGGAGUUUGUCUGAUGGUUGGAAAUGGGAAUCCUUUUUGUGUCGGCAGCCAUAACUCUACUGGGAUGAACUGGAGCUUACACUUUAACAGGCUGGCCUUCUCGGAAGCCCCAGGACUCCCAGAAAGGGCUGCACAAUUUUAACAGUAGUAGUAAUAAUAAUAAUAACAA